CACCAGGCCCAUUGGUGGUAUGGCUCUGGGUUUCCCUCAGUCUCAAGAUCUCAGUCAGGGUGGGAGAAGUGGAAGAACAAGCCUUCUUGCAGACCACUGGUUGAUUGGCAGCCUUUGCCAUAGCUAAUCUGGUUUGUUUUCCGGUCAGUGACAGUCACUUUUAGGAGCCGGUUCGUUUGCUUUCAAAAUCCAUCUCCCCGUUCCUCUCAGGGUUCUUUGCCCCAAAGGACUUUGCCCUUUUCGCAGUGGACACCUUCGCACCCUCUGCAGACAGACAGUCCCGCAGAGGCCCUCGACGAGUGUCACUCCAUCUGUCUCGCGCUCCCAAGAGAGGUGUAGCAGAAAGCAGUGCCCCAGGCCUCCACGCGACGGUGAAGCAGGAACCAGGGGCUGCCAGCAGGGCAGCCCAGGUGUGUCGCCUUAGGGACGGAGCUGCCAAGUGCCGAGCUGGGGAUGCCAGAGCCGAGCCGGGAACGGCAUUUGCCAGAGCCGAGGCGGAAGCCGGAGCAUUUGGGGGACGGGACCGCGGGAACCCGGAAACGCCUGGGCUGCACCGAGCUGGCGGUGGCUACGGCGACGGGAGACGGCGGCGCUGCGGGUCAGCGGUCGCGUUGGACCCAGCGGACUCGGCAGCCUGGGGCGCCCGGCGGAGCUGAACCGCGGCUCCCGGUGGUGGGCUCAGCGGGUCGAGCUGCGCGGGAGGCAAAUGAAGAUAAAACAAUGUCCGCCAACCUAAAAUACCUUUCCCUGGGAAUUUUGGUCUUUCAGACUACCAGUUUGGUUCUAACAAUGCGUUAUUCUAGAACUUUAAAAGAAGAAGGACCUCGUUAUCUAUCUUCAACAGCAGUGGUUGUUGCUGAACUUUUGAAGAUAAUGGCCUGCAUUUUAUUAGUCUACAAAGAGAGCAAAUGUAGUCUAAGAGCACUGAAUCGAGUACUACAUGAUGAAAUUCUUAAUAAACCUAUGGAAACACUUAAACUUGCUAUUCCAUCAGGGAUCUAUACUCUUCAGAAUAAUUUACUGUAUGUGGCACUAUCAAAUCUAGAUGCAGCUACUUAUCAGGUCACGUAUCAGUUGAAAAUUCUUACAACAGCAUUAUUUUCUGUGUCAAUGCUUAGUAAAAAAUUGGGUGUAUACCAGUGGCUGUCCCUAGUAAUUUUGAUGACAGGAGUUGCUUUUGUACAGUGGCCCUCAGAUUCUCAGCUUGACUCUAAGGAACUUUCAGCUGGUUCUCAGUUUGUAGGACUCAUGGCAGUUCUCACAGCAUGUUUUUCAAGUGGCUUUGCUGGGGUUUACUUUGAGAAAAUCUUAAAAGAAACAAAACAAUCAGUUUGGAUAAGGAAUAUUCAGCUUGGUUUCUUUGGAAGUAUAUUUGGAUUAAUGGGUGUAUACAUUUAUGAUGGAGAACUGGUAUCAAAGAAUGGAUUUUUUCAGGGAUAUAACCGACUGACCUGGAUAGUAGUUGUUCUUCAGGCACUUGGAGGCCUUGUAAUAGCUGCUGUUAUUAAGUAUGCAGAUAAUAUUUUAAAAGGAUUUGCAACUUCUUUAUCGAUAAUAUUAUCAACAUUGAUCUCCUAUUUUUGGCUUCAAGAUUUUGUGCCAACCAGUGUCUUUUUCCUUGGAGCCAUCCUUGUAAUAACAGCUACUUUUUUAUAUGGUUAUGAUCCCAAACCUGCAGGAAAUCCCACUAAAGCAUAGUUGUAUACUAUCUUUAACUGGUUUUUCAUGAUGGUGCCCUAGGAAUCUCGACAUUAAUCUUGCACAGAGGACUUCUACAGAGUCUGUGAAGAUAUCAUCAUGCUGAAUCUGAUCAUACUGUUUUUUUAAAAGUUUAAGGAUAAAAUAUGUGUAUAUGUAACAAAACACAUUGCAUCUAGAAAUCAAAACUUGAAAGUAUUUCCAGGGAUUAGAAUUAGAAGGAAUAUUAGAGAAAACUUGAAAUCUGAGUUUAAAAAGAUUUUACCUUUUUGAUUGCUGCAGAAAUGUCCUAUGCACUCUUUGCAAGAGCACACAACAAAUGUCAGAUACCAAUUUUUGCAAAUUAGAUUUAAUGUUAUUAAAUGUUUUUAUCUUACUCUUUCUGUACAGAUAUAUCAAAUCACAUGAAAUAUUUAAAGUUUGAAAAUUAUAAUUAUCUAUAAAGCUGUGAAAAAAUAGAAGUAUAAUUUGAAAAAACAUUUCACUUAUCAGAGAUUUUUAUAUUUAUACAAAAGAUUACUAAAUGAAGGAUGGCGAAAUGUUUUUUGUUCAAUUACAUAAAAAUUAAUAAAGUAAUAUUCUGGGUCUGAUUUGUCAGAAAAUAAAUGUCAUAUCUAAAUUUAAUGUAGAGAUACAUACUAUUUCUCCAUAUGAAUUUUAAGAUAUUUUAGUGCUUCAAGACUGCUGAAAGCAAUCCAGUUGCUCCUGUGCUAGCCAGAGAAUUUUAUAGUAACGGGAGGUUAGCCCCUAAUCUCUUCAUUGUAUUUCAUUUCUGUAAAUCAGAUUAAAUCCUUAAUAUUAUUUUAAAUUAAAAUUUGUAAUUGCCAUUAAAUUUUCAAAAUGUAAUUUAAAAGGAUUAAAUACUCCUUUAAUAAUUUGAAAUAAUUAUUGUACCAUAUCUACAUUUGGAGAGUUUUGAAUUAUCAAGCAUAUACUGUAUAUAGUUAGAAAGUUAUUAAAUGAACAUUUUACUCAUUGA